AUGGUUCUGUUUGUGGAAAAGGAAACCAGGAAUCUGGGGUGCUUGGCUCCUGGUCCCCUGGUACCGUGUUCAAGAAAUAAAAGCCUGCAAAAUGCAACAACUAUACCAGAAUUCCAUUUCAUUCAACUCUCAGAGGAUCCAGAUAUACAGACUGUUCUCUUUGGCCUAUUCUUGUCCAUGUACAUCUUGGCCCUGUUUGGAAAUCUGCUCUUCAUCUUGACGGUAAUCUCUGACUGCCAUCUCCACACACCCAUGUACUGCUUCCUCUCCAACCUGUCCAUGGUUGAUAUUGGUUUCAUCUCCACUACUGUUCCAAGAGUGAUUGUGGACAUCCAAACUAACUGCCCGGCCAUCUCCUAUGUGGGCUGCCUGACACAGAUGUCAUUGUUUGUAAUUUUUGGAUGUAUGGAUGACAUGCUUCUGGCUGUGAUGACAUAUGACAGGUUUGUGGCCAUCUGCCACCCUUUGUAUUAUCAGGUCAUUAUGAAUAUCAGUCACUGCAGUGUCUUACUUCUAGGGUCUUUUAUCCUUAGCCUGGUGGAAUUACUGUUGCACUAUGUGGCAGUAAUAACAUUUUCCAACUGUGAGGAUUAUAAUGAAAUUUCUAACUUCUUCUGUGGUUCUUCUGAAGUCCUCAAACUUGCCUGUUUUGAUACUGUCAUCAGUAACAUAGUCAGAUACUGUAUAGGUACCAUCUUUGGGUUACUUCCUAUAUUAGGAAUCAUUUUCUCUUACUUUAAAAUAGUUUCCUCCAUCAUGAGGUCAUCAUCAUCAAGUGGGAAUCACAAAAUCUUUUCCACCUGUGGAUCUCAUUUGUCCAUUGUUUGUAUGUUUUAUGGAACCGCACUAGGAGUAUACUUCAGCUCUUCUCUAUCACUUUCCCCAAGAAGUAAUGCAGUGGCCUCAGUGAUGUACACUGUGGUCACACCUAUGUUGAAUCCCUUCAUCUACAGCCUCAGGAACAAGCAUGUUAAAACUGCCUUAAGGAAGUUUCUUAGCAGAGCAUUCUAA